GUAAUUAUUUAUGUUGAUUAAAAAAUUAAGUUCAUUUUUAAUAUUAUUAUUUUAGGGAUAAUGAUUAAGAAAUAAAUAAGUUCAAUCUAGUAGGUUAUUAAGAGUGAGACAUCGAUUGUAGAAUUAAAAUGGUUUUAAGAUCACGAAGUUUAUAUAGAUUCUCCAGAGAAUAGCUGGAAGUAGUUGAUAAUGAACAAUUUUGAAUACUUCCUAUUUAUAAUGGUUAUGGUGUAUUGUCUGACAUUCUGUUUCAUGUACAUUAUGUUUAGUAAAAAAUCAGAUAAAAUGAUCUCACAUGCUAGAAAAGAGAGUGCAGCUAGUGAUGAAUUAUAAAAGUAAUACGUGUAUAUUUAAAAGUUAGUUCAAUUGGGCGAUGUAGUGAUUAGAAUGAAAAGUAAAAAAAGGAAUAAACUUCAAGUACAGAAACUUCACCAAGAAUAUUGUAAAAGGAACCUGUAUGUAAUAUUGUUGCAUUACCUAAUUAAUAAAUAUAACUUUUUGGACAUAUGAUUUCAGAACAAAAAGAGUAAAUUAUUGAGUUGGAAAGAAAUUAGGAGGAUAAUAUCAUAACAUUUACAAAAAAAGAGAUUUAAAAAGUAAAAGCGAAUGAUGAGGAAUUAAAGUUUUUGACAUGUUAAUUUGCAGAUUUAAAAUAAAAAAAUGCAAAAGGUGUGCAUAUGAUAGAGUAGAAUAAUGGAAAUGGGAUACCAGAAAGAGCAAUUCUAAUUCUAACAGAUUGGAGUAGGUAUUGCGAAAAUGGAAAAUUCCAGAAAAUGUACACUUCUCCUAAACUAAUUGGGAAAGGAACAUUUGGAGAAGUUUAUAAAUGUUAAAAAAUUAUUGAUCUUAAAGAAUAUGCAGUUAAAAGAAUUUAUUUUAAAGUUUAAAAUGAAAAAACAUUAAGAGAUCAUCCCAUUUUUAGAGAAAUAGGGUCACUUCAAGAGAUAAAUCAUAAAAAUAUAGUUAGAUACUACACUAGUUGGAUUUAAGAAUUGACACCAGAAAUGAUAGCAGAAAUUUCAAAAUUACAUGAUAUUGUAGCUGAAUAACAAUAAACAUAAUUAGAAUCAUAAAAUCAAUAUCAUCCUAUAUUAAUGGAUGAAAUGUCUUAUAUGAAUGAUUAUGUUUAAUUUGUUGGUGAUGGUGAUUCAGAAGUAGAGUAAUAAACAAAUACAAAAUAAUAAAAAUCGAUAUAAAGCUUUCAUUUGUCUGAUUACAGUAGUUAUGUAUAGUCUCGAAUGCGUAGAUAUCAAUUUAAUCCAAAUUAGAAAGGACAGGAAUAUUAAUUAUUAACAUUAUAUAUUGAGGUAAUUUUUUAUAUUGAUAUAUUAGAUGGAAUUAUGUGAUUUUACACUUAAAGAGUUUAUUGAUAAAGUUGAUAGAAAAAAGGAAAAUGACUUAAUUAAAUCCAUUUUUAAAUAGAUUUUAGAGGGAAUUAAUUAUAUGCAUUUAAAUAAGUAUAUUCAUAGAGAUUUAAAGUAUGUAAAUAAAAUUAAAACUUAAGACCUUAAAAUAUAUUUAUAAAUUCAAAGAAUGAAGUAAAAAUAGGAGAUCUUGGAUUAUGCAAUUCUUUAAUAUUUAAAUUAGAUGAUAAUUAUCAAUCCUCUGGCGAAUACACAAAUAAUAUUGGAACUCCUAUGUAUAUGGCUCCAGAAGUAAAAGACGAUCAAUAUGGUUAUCCUGCUGACAUAUAUUCAUUAGGAAUCAUAUUCUUUGAAAUGUUAUGGAAAGUAAAGACUCAUUCUGAAAAGAUCAGGUAAUUAUUAAAAUUCAAUUUAGAUUAAUAAAAGAUCUGACAAAAGAUUCUUCACUACCUCCCAAUCUAUUUAAGGAAUAUCCUGUUGAAGCAGAACUAAUACUAAAAAUGGUGAAUAAAACUCCAUCGGAAAGACCAACUGCUCAAUAGGCUUUAGAUACUCUAAACAUAUUAUGAAAAUAAUAAAACUAUCACAAAU